UUCCCUUCACACUUUUUCUGUGGAGCAAAGCUUAGGUCUAAUAUUCCAGUACACUAAAUUGGUCGUGUGUAUGUGUAUACGUGGAAUACAAGUCAGCCAUUGUGGUGUCAACGAUCUAUGCGGUUUUUGGUGUCCAACAUAUAGGUUUAAGUUUAAGUUGUGAGUGAUGAGCAAGGUGGUCUUAAACUAGAAACAAAUGGGCGCUAUUUUCUUUAUUCUUGUCCAUCCUUAUUUACUAUUUUUAUCCUCCAAAGUGUCCUUUGCACUAGAUAGCAUUAAUACAUCCCAAUUUAUCAGUGAAGCAAACACCUUAGUUUCCAAAGAUGGAAACUUCGAACUGGGUUUCUUCAGUCCUAGUAGUUCCAACAAUCGCUACCUGGGAAUAUGGUACAAGAAUAUCUCAGCGAAAACUAUUGUUUGGGUUGCAAAUCGACUCAACCCGAUCAAUGACUCUGGCUUGUUGAUGAUAAACAGUAGUACAGGCAGUGUUGUGGUUAUGAGUCAGAAUAAGAGUGUUGUUUGGUCAACAAGUCCACAAAGACAAGCCAAGAAUCCAGUGUUAAAGCUCUUAGACUCUGGAAAUCUUGUACUAACAGUAACAGAUGAGAAAGAUGAAAAUUCAAGAAUCUCUUUGUGGGAAAGUUUCGACUAUCCGACUGAUACAUUUUUACCAGGAAUGAAGUUGGGAUGGGACUUGAAGAAAGGUGUUAACCGGUUUUUAACAGCAUGGAAGAAACCAGAUGAUCCAUCUCCUGGAGAUUUUACUUUUGGGAUGUUAGAAAUGGGAAUUCAUUCAUAUCCUGAAGCUUAUACUUGGAAGGGUAACAAAAAGUUCUAUCGUACUGGUCCAUGGAAUGGCCUUAGGUUCAGUGGUUCACCAGAUUUAAACCCCAAUCCAGUUUAUAAUUACAACUUUGUCUCUAAUGAGAAUGAAGUGUACUACACGUACACCCUCAAAAAUAAGUCUCUAAUCUCAAUUUCUGUUUUGAACCAAACCACCCAAUCCUGGGAUCGCUAUACAUGGAUUGAAGAAGAGAAAAUUUGGGAGGCUUACUCAUCAAGACCUGGGGACUACUGUGACAGAUAUGGACUUUGUGGAGCCAAUGGAAAUUGUGUCUUUACUGCAUCACCGGUCUGCCAAUGUCUAAAAGCAUUCAAGCCUAAAUCACCAGAAUUGUGGAGCUUAACGGAGUGGUCUCAAGGUUGUGUACGCAAUAAACCAUUGAGCUGCCAUACAGAUGGGUUUGUUAAAUUUGUUGACUUGAAAUUGCCGGAUACUACAUAUUCUUGGGUGAACAAAAGUAUGAGCCUUGAUGAAUGCAGGGUCAAAUGCUUGAACAACUGCACCUGUAUGGCUUAUACAAACUCGGAUAUCAGAGGAAGAGGUAGUGGCUGCGCCAUCUGGUCUGGUGAUUUAAUGGAUAUUAGACAAUUUCCGGCACGUGGGCAAGAUUUAUAUAUCAGAAUGUCAGCUUCAGAGCUACAAGAGGAAAAACAUGGUCCCAAGAUCAAGAUUGCAGUGACAGUUGCUGCUGCCGUUGCUGUAGUUUCUGGAACACUCUUAGUUGGCUUUUAUAUUUGCAAAAUCGGGACAAAAUUAAAAGUUAAAAAGGAGUCAAAUGGAAUCAUAAGUCAUCAAAACAAUGAAGGUCAAAAGGAAGACCUUGAGCUCCCUUUCUUAGACCUAUCCACAAUAGUUGGUGCCACUGACAACUUUGCACCCAACAACAAGCUUGGUGAAGGUGGUUUUGGACCUGUUUACAAGGGUAUAUUAGAAGAUGGACAAGAAAUAGCUAUCAAGAGGCUUUCAAGGAGUUCUGGACAAGGAUUGAAUGAGUUCAAGAAUGAAGUAAGAUUGAUAGCCAAGCUUCAGCACCGGAAUCUUGUAAAGCUUGUAGCCUGUUGCAUUCAAGGAGAAGAGAAAAUUUUGGUUUAUGAAUACAUGCCCAAUAAAAGUCUAGACUCCUUCAUUUUUGAUCAAACAAAACGUACACUGUUAAAUUGGUCCAUGCGCUUCAAUAUUAUAUGCGGAAUUGCUCGGGGGCUUCAAUAUCUUCAUCAAGAUUCCAGAUUGAGAAUCAUACAUAGAGAUCUCAAAGCAAGUAAUGUUUUACUUGAUAUUGAGAUGAAUCCUAAAAUUUCAGACUUUGGAGCAGCUAGAACUUUUGGAGGAGAUCAGUUAGAAGGAAACACAAAUAGAGUAAUGGGAACUUGUGGUUAUAUGGCACCGGAAUAUGCUUUUGAUGGGCUAUUCUCGACAAAAUCUGAUGUCUUUAACUUUGGGAUUUUGUUGCUUGAGAUCAUAUGCGGGAAGAAAAGUAGAGGGCUUUUUCAUCCAAACCACAGCCUUAACCUUAUUGGAUAUGCAUGGAGACUGUGGAAUGAGGGAAGGCCAUUAGAAUUGACUGAUGAAUGCUUCAGACAAUCGUCCACAUUGUCAGAGGUUCUACGUUGCAUCCACAUUAGCCUCUUAUGCUUGCAACAGUGUCCUGAAGAUAGGCCAAGCAUGUCAUCUGUGAUUGUGAUGUUGGGCAGUGAGGGUGCAUUGCCUCAGCCCAAACAACCUGGUUUUUUCUUGGAAAAAGAUUCAAAUGAAGCACAUUGUUUCUCAAGUAAGCAGGAAUUAUUUUCGACCAAUGAAAUGACAAUUACAUUAUUGGAGGCUCGGUAAGAACUUUGCACUAACAAAACUCAUAGAGAAUUGUCGAUACAGAAUCAUGUUCAUGAUUAUAAUCUGUAAACUUUUCCUACAUUCAAGUAAGCUAUGUCAAUUCUAUUGGUA